GUCGACAUCAUCGAGGACUACGUGGUGUACUUCCUCAAGCGAUUCAUCUACAAUGUCACGCACGCCUUCACCAACAUGAACUCGUACCGCUGGAUCCGGCUCGUGACGGUCGUCUGCGCGUACUUCCUCAUCCGGCCCCUUUUCGUGAAGAUCGGGAAGAAGAUCCAGGACCGGCAGCUCGCGAAGCAGCGCGCGGCCGACGCGGCGGGCGUCGCGGCGAAGGCGAAGAUCAGCCCGAAUGCGCUGAGGGGGCUCGAGGACCCGGCGGACGAGCAGGAGAGCGGCGAGGAUGAAGAGGAGCAGGAGGCGGACAAGACGACGUCGGGCGCCGAGUGGGGGAAGAAGGCGCGCAAGAGGCAGAGGCAGAUGUUGAAGAAGAUCGAGGAGCAGGAGGCCAAAGUCUUGGAGGACCCGUCGUUCGGGCCCGGGGACAAGGAUAUCUUGGAGCGCUUGGUG